CUCUCUCUCUCUCACUCGGAGUAAAAAGGACAGGAGAGAAACUAAACUUGAGAAGGACAGAGAGGGAAGGGAGAAAGAGAGGCAUCCUAAUAUAAGAGUCUUAGGAUCCGGUUGUAUACUUGUGUUUUUUUGUCUUGCUUCUUUCAUUUUUCUUUCUUCUUCUUCUCCUUUAUUUAACCCUUCUCUCCUGCUCUCUUCCCAUUCCUCUAUCGCCCCCUCUCUCUCUCUUCUCUCGGGAUCCGAUCUCUGACUAUUCCCGAGGAACACUGUCAAUCUUUUCGAUUCUAGUCACAAAUCUUUUUAGGGUUUUUCUCAUUUCUCUCUUUGUUCCUUUCUAUAGCUAUCUCUAUAUAAUUGAAAAUCGCACCAAGUGUUCCAUUGUACGAGGCUGAGAAGAAGAUGAGACAGCCGACCCUCAAGCUUUGUUAUAGUCUCAAAUACACAAUAAUCGAAGCUAUUUAAGGUUUUCAUCUGGAUCUGUCCGGCCGGAGAAGGCCCAUUUCGAGUUUCCUAAGGUUUGGUCCGCCCAUUCUUGAAAAGAUCAAACAUGAAUUCAUUCUCCCACGUGCCUCCUGGCUUUAGAUUUCACCCGACAGAUGAAGAGCUUGUAGACUACUACCUGAGGAAAAAAGUGGCUUCGAAGAGAGCCGAAAUCGAUUUCAUCAAAGACGUUGAUCUUUACAAGAUUGAGCCAUGGGAUCUCAAUGACUUGUGCAGGAUAGGGAACGAAGAGCAAAACGAAUGGUAUUUCUUCAGCCACAAGGACAAGAAGUAUCCGACAGGAACAAGAACCAACAGAGCAACGAAAGCCGGGUUCUGGAAAGCCACCGGAAGAGACAAGGCUAUCUACUUAAGGCACAGUCUUAUCGGUAUGAGGAAAACCCUUGUGUUUUACAAAGGAAGAGCCCCAAAUGGACAGAAAUCCGAUUGGAUAAUGCACGAAUACCGGUUGGAAACCAACGAAAACGGAACGUCUCAGGAAGAAGGAUGGGUGGUGUGUAGGGUGUUUAAGAAGAGAAUGGCGGCCGUGAGGAAAAUGGGAGACUACGAGACAUCUCCCUCUCAUUGGUAUGAGGAUCAGCUCUCCUUCAUGGCCUCGGAGUUCGAAACUAAUUCUCCACGGCGAAUUCUCUCGAGUCCUUAUCCCUCUGCUUACCCUCUCCACAACCCUAACUUGCAAUGCAAGCAAGAGCUCGAGCUGCAGCACUACAAUCAUCAUCAUCAUCAUCAUCUGCUUCAUGAACCUUUGUUCCUCCAACUACCUCAGCUCGAGAGCCCUAAAUUCCAACAACCUAACAGUAACUGCAGCUCUCUUCCUCUCCGGACAAGCAAUGAAAGCGGUGAUAAUGCUGCUAACUUUCAGCCGACGAAUCUCGGGCAGGAGGAACGGAUGGAUCAAGGACAGCAAAGUCUCGGCUCUCUAUACGUGAAUAGAGAAAAUGGGCAAGCCGUGACCGAUUGGAGGGUGCUCGAUAAAUUCGUUGCUUCGCAGCUAAGCAACGAAGAGGCUUGUGCUUCAGCUCAGAACAAUGCCAAUGAUCAAGUUGACGAUGAGGGAAUGAACUUGUCGGAGAACGAAACAAAGAGGGUUUCUGAGAUGGGGCAAGAGUUUGCUGCUUCGAGCUGCCAAAUCGAUCCGUGGAAGUGACCAAAGAGAUAAAAUAAAAAAGAUGACGAAAUUCAGAAGAUAUUAUAUAACGUUGCGUAUAUAUAUACAUGCAUAUAUAUAUAUAUGACAAGACGCACACUGAUCGUGUGUAGAUCAUGGUGGCACAGAUUAUAAUUAAGGAUGAAACGGUAGAAAACUUGGAGUAUCUACCGGAUUCUUGAGGUUCUGUAUAUAAUAAAACCGAAACUGUUAUAUUGUUUUCAUACGAUUUUUACUAUAUAUCAUUGAAAACUAUGUUAUAUGCUUUCUGUA